ACCAUUAUGGCGGCCUUUAGAAAGUCACUCUUUCAGAUAAAUAAACAUUGAAAUUAACGGCAUUAUAGCGCUACAAUAAGAUGGCAUCUAAGGGCAAAAGAGAUCUUUACAAGCCAGCCCAAAAGUCUGUGCCUAAACGAAAUAGGAAACCUCUGGCUCAAGGAAGAUUAGUUACUGAACCAGUUUGUAAUAUUGUGAAGAAGACAUUAUCUGGUGCUCAAGUGAGUGAUGAUAUAGAAGAUCAUGAUACAGAUACUUUGUCAGUUACACCAAGCAAAUUGACACCUUCCUAUCAUGAUCAGGUAUCACCUCAACCUACAUCUUCAUUAGAUCUAUCUGAUAUUGACACAGAGGUUAUUGAUGAUAUCAAUAAGUCUGUAAUUGUAAUGGAUGCUACAGAAAAUCUAUUAAAUCCUGAGAAUUCAGCUGAAGUUAGUGUGAAUAUUGGAAUGAAAAAAUCCCCUGUUAGAGUUGUUUGUCAUCUUGAUACUGAUGCCUUGAGAGAGAGAAAUGAUAAUGUAGUGGUAGAAAAGAAGAGUCGAUCAGUAACUAAAGUCAAACAAUCAUCAACAUUACAAGCUAUUUCACCUCUACAUAAAGACCGUCCAAAAUCAGCUAGUAAAGGAAGAACACCAGUAAGAAAGAUAGCAGGUACCCCGUCUAAAAUAAAACCCAACUAUCCACAACCUAAUUUUAAUGACAGUGAUGAGAGUGGUUCUAUGAAGGGUGAUAUAGAAGAUGAUUUACAAUCUAUUAUUAGUGAAACUGAUACUGUUUGUUCUAUAGAUGAAUAUAUACCAGUUAUAAAAUCAAAGGCCUUACAGAAUCAAAAAACGUCCUCCAAGGGUCCAAAGAUGAAAAUGAAAACAGCUCCAACAAUUAUUCCUUCAAGAUAUUUACAAGUUUCUUCUAAAUCAUCUGCUUCUUUUAAUGAAAAGCCUACAUCAAGAGUAAAAAAAUCCAGUAAUAAAAGUUUACCAGUGACCAAAUCAGCGAGCAAUUCACGUACAACCCCAACAUUACCCCGAAAAAACCUAGCCUCUACUACAGUCAGUAAUAAUCAACAACAAACACGAGCUGUUACACCUAGUCAACUCUCAUCUCAGGCAGGCGGUGGCAAAACAUCCACACCAUGUCCAGACAAUCUACCCAAUCAGACACAAGAUAUUGAUGCCUCUGCUAUACAUGCUGAAAUCUCAGCAAUAUCUGCAGAUCUAAGCGCUAUGAACAGUACAAGGAAAGUUAAUAGUCCAUAUUUAAAUAGAAAACAGAGACCAAAUAAGAAGGAUAUAAAAUCUUCACAACAAAGAUUAGAAGUUUUAUAUUCAAGAUAUUUACAAUGGUUAUAUUUAGAUUCGAAAUCUAAGAUGGUUUUUAAAGAACAAGAAAAAACUGCCAUGAGUCAGUUGAAUGCAUUAUGGGAAGAAGUAGAAAGCUUACGUGAGAAAGAAUCUGCAUUAAGACUGGAUCUAGUCCGAUUACAACAUUUAAAUCAACUUGACGACCAACUAGAAAUACAGAAGAAUGGAUUAGGUCCAGUGAUGACUAAUCUACCAGUAAUAGAUAAAGACUAUAAUAAACUAGCUGAAAGUUUAGAUACAACACGACAUCAGAUAUCAACUAGAGGUAUUUAUAUACCAGAGGAUGAAGAUACAUUCCAAGCUGCUCUAGAAAGUUCAUUAAAAGAAAGUGAAUAUUUACUGGGAGAAAUAAGUUGUUUAGUAAGACAAGAGGUACCCAAAACAUCCCUAUUCUCUAAAUCCUUACAAACUACACAGAAACUGGUAGAUACAGAAUGUACAGAACUAAAAAAAUGUACAGAGUUAUUGUCAGCAAUUCAGAGUUUGACUGUUCAAGAAAGUUCACUGAAAAUACAAGCAAUACAAUCAAGUUAAUUCUAUUUAUAUACUGUUAAUAAAUUUUUACAGAAAU